UUGCACUUUUUAUUAUUGUGUGUAUCACAGGGAUGAACCUCAGCUCAGCUCGUGAACUUUAGGUUACGGGUUACACACAGAAUAUUGAAAAUUGGGAAAACCCUCGUUCACGUGAUUGGUAUUUCCCUCAUAAUUCUCGCAAAUAUAAACUAUUAUAUUAAUUCAACGCUCUCGAUGGUCCAUUUUAUUGCUCUCGAUUGUCAUGCUCAAAUCCGAUUUGAAAACGAAACCAAUUUCUACAUUUUUGUUGUUCAUGUCAAAAUUGUAUGUACAUGCAACGAAUGAGGACGAUCAUCUGAAUUCAUUUAUCAGCUUACGGCGUUAAUGUGUUAGCUUUAUGUGUUUGGGUAAAGACAAGACGUAAAGUGUGGUCGUCGGUCGAUCGAGGAUUGCACGAAUCGUUAAGGGAAACAAGUCCGGAUGGAAUCGUCUGGGGGAUGUGUUCCGGAUGCCUACCUUGAGAAGUUUGCAAGGGCAAAGAAAGAACAGCAAUUACUUUAUGACGACACGGGUGACCUCAUCAGCAGAAUUCAAAGUGAGCUGCAUGAAAUGUCAUCGGUUCAAGGCGUUAACUCCUGUUCUGUUCAAAUGAGAGUAGACCUCCUCGAAAGAAGGAUUGAGAGUCUGAAAAAUGACUUGUCAAGGAAAAAAAUGAAGAUAGCCUUUUUCGGAGGUACGAGCAGCGGGAAGACCACAACUUUGAAUGCCAUGAUUGGGCAAGAACUACUACCAUCCGGGAUGGGUGAUACAACAAGUUGCUUUGUCCAGAUCGAGAAGAUGACCAACGAUCCGAUUUGUGAAAAUAGCUCCAUAGAAGUCUCGCCCGCUAAGGAACAUACAGAGAGUUGCACGAUUGAGAAAAGGAAAGACCAACCGGACGGAUCGUAUUUUAUCGUCAGGGAGGUCGAGAACAGAGAAAAGGAAGCUUCGCUUGACUCCUUUUUGGAAAAUAUACAACCUCUCACGAUAAAUGCUCUUACAAAGUUAUGUGAUGUAAAAUCAGGCAGCUCCUUGGAUUCAACCUAUCUGGUAGAAAUACAUCUUUCAGAAGAUGACAUUAAGAAUGAUCACUUGCUUAACUAUGACCUACAAAUUAUGGAUUGUCCAGGAAUCACAAAAUGUCGAGAGCUCGGUGAUAGAGUGAAAACCUUCUGCAAAGACUCAGAUGUACAUCUCUUCAUUGUGAAUCCAAAGACAGUCAUGUCACCAGAGGAGCGAGAACAUUUUGUUGAAGUAGGAAAACGCCUUUCUAAGCCUGACAUCAUUGUUGGUUUCACCCAAUGGGAUUUAUCAGCGAGAGAAAGACACCCUGAAGAGGUUAAAGCUCGCCAUGUGGACUCAGUGUUUGAGUUGCUUAAAGAGCUCGAUGUCGUAAGUACGAGAAUGGAGGCGGAGGAAAGGUGUUUCUUUUACUCUGGAAUAGAAGCACUUGAUUUAGCUCUCAAUGAAAAGGGAUUCUUGGGAAGGGGAUGGGAGGAGAGAUUCAAGACAUUCCAAAAUUUCAUGUCGAAAAUUGAGGAGAGGGCGACUACUGCAGGAAUAACUGCCAAACUCUCUAUGAAUCGUGAAAAUUGCCAAGAAGUAUUGGAACAAUGCAUCGAAUGUCUCUCAUUACUCGAAGGGAAUGUACUUAGUAAGAUGUCUGAUCUUUCUAUGGAGGUUGAGGCACUAACCAUCGAGUUGCAAUCAUACAAUGAGAAGAUGGACGAGUUUAUGCAGGAAAGUGAGGAACUGAGGGAUAAUGCUCUUAAAACAAUUGACGAAUCAAUAUUUCGUUGCAUGACUGAAGUAAGCGAGAAGAUGUCUCAGACGCUGAAAAGAAAUUCAGACAGUGAAGAAUUCGAGGAAGACAAUGUCCACCAGUAUGCCCAGAAUGCGAUCCUGCUGUGGUAUCGUCGGAUCCUAAAUGAAUUUCACCGAGCUACAAACCAUGUUUGUGAUGGCUACUCAUCCUAUGUACGAGAAUCUUAUCUGAAGCACAUGUCAAACUUUCCUCACAACACACCUGGGACCUAUCUUCUUGAAAACCAGGAGGAGAACGAACAGAGUACAAGCUCUUUCCUUGUAUCUCCGAUUCCCAAAGCAGCUGUAAAGAGGGUAUUGUCUGGGAUUACUGUCCGUCCUGUCUGGACCUCGUUUGCCACUACUCGUCGACAUCUCAGCUUAGUGGAAACAGACGCUGAACGCAACGUCCUAAUCCGCAGCAUGGCUGCUACUACGGGGGUUUUCUUCAUGCAUGUUCGGCGGUGGAUAAGGGCUUCCAUUGAGCAGAAACUACAGAAGCUUACUGCUUUACAGAAAGAUUCUUUGAUCUGUCCUCAUGUGAGACAAAGAUGUCACGAACUAGUAGAAGAAUUCUGUGAUAACACUGAUGAAUAUUACAAGGAGACAUGCGUUCAUGAAAUACGUGACAGUCUUCAGAUACGGAGAGAGAAGUUUGAAGAGAUACAUUCUACAAUGAUGAAACAUUCCGAAAGUUUCUCCAAACUCAAGAUUGAGGCAGAUCAGAUGCAGAGAUGUCCGGGAAUGUCAAUAAUUGAUUAGUCAAGUGGACAGAUGACAAAUGUUGUUUAACUCUUGGUACGAUUAUAUACCAAGUUGGGCCAAUUCCCGUGUAACAGUCUAUUAAGUGCUCAUAUUUCUCGUUAUGAAUUUAAGAUAUUGGAGAGGAAAUUAAAAUACACUGGCGUGAAUGGUGUGUCAUAUCCUGCUUCGUUGAAGAUGUGGGGGAGGGGUGGUUUUUGCAAAUACAGACCUACCUACCUGUAACUUCAAGUUAAUGUACAAUGAGUUCCUGAUGACAUAGCAAGUGAGGUCUUAAGAUGUCUUUGUGAAUCCUAUAUAUCACAGGGUCCGGGAACCAAGAGGGGGGGGGCACUCACCCCCACUUUUUCAAUGAACGGGCAUGGUCAGCCCUAAACAAUUUUGGCCCAGCCCCCUCCACUUUCAAGCAAUAUACAUUAUAAAAGGAAAUAUAUCAAGAUAUCUUUAUCAAUAGGCCUAUACACAUUCCUUUAUUUAUCAUCGGUAUUUCAUUUUUAAUGUAUUGAAAUUUUAUUUAAAAACGAUUUUUGUUCGGAACCCUUCUAUUGAAUAUUCGAUUUAUCAUGAGGCCUUAAUCGUUCAAUCAUGAUCAAUACUUUUUUCAAAUUAUGGAUAUUGCUUAAAGUUGUUUAAGUAUAUUUAUAUCAUUGUAUUUGAAUAUUCAGUAUUAUACUAAUAAUGAACACUUCUUAUGCUAUCAAUGCCUUUACUAAUGGAGAUUAUUGGGCGAAGACUCCCGACAAUGAUGUGGUACAGGCCUUAUAUCAUUGAUCAAAGUCCCGUAUCGAAAUGAAACAAGAACAAAAAAAAAAUGCUUUCCCUUGAGGAAAACAUAUAGAUUUACAUGGAUUUAAAAAUGAGGUAGGAGGCAGGCAUGUUAUAUUGCCUACGUCAAAAUUUCUUUUGGGAUUCCCCGUGGGCUGAUCGGUUGCGAAAUGCGCAGUGAAUAUAGACCACUACCAUGGAGCUAUCAACAAAUAUCAACAUAUAAAACAUAAAUAAACAAAAAAUUGAAAAUUAAAAAAUUGGUUGAUCUUUCUUUCAAAAUAUUAAGUAGUUAAUUCAAUAUACAUCCCAAAUACUUUACACCAUUUUUUCGGACUGGCGUAAAUCGCAGAGGAUGGAAGGAUUUAUAUCCCUCCCACUUUUCUGUUGGCUGUAAUGAGAUCAUUUCUGAAUUGUUUGAUUUCAGUAACUUUUAGAUAUGACUUUGAUCACAAACCAAUCAAUACAUCCUUAAAAUACACUGGCGUGAAUAGGGUGUCAUAUCCUGCUUUGUUGAAGCGGUGGGGGAGGGGUGGUUUUUGCAAAUACAGGCCUAUAUACCUCUAACUUCAAGUUAAUGUACAAUGAGUUCCUGAUGGCAUAGCUCAAAUAAAUGCCAUUUAUAAAACACUUCGGGGGCAAUAUUUUCCAUAUCUUUACAAUUCUGAAGGAGACUUGAUAAAAUCGGGUAACUUAACGUAUACGAACAUGGGAAUUAGGCAAAGGAGUACCCGCUAUCAUUACCAUAAUAUCAUGAAAAGGGAGCUUUAAUUUUUUUCAUUCAUAUCACAGUAAUCAGUCUUUAUACUGUGCUUCACUGGGGGAUAUGCCCCCACACCAACAUUUUCACGACCAAGAUAAAAAAAGAGGAAUAAACAGAACGGAAAAAUCAUGGUGAAAUGUUUUUCUCAAUGGUAUGUUAAAACUUAUCUUUGUACAAAUUAAUUUUGCUCCCUACGCCAUGACUGGCCCCCUCAAAAUUACCGCCUCAUUACACUUCUGCUGAGAAUAAGGAGAAGGGCAUAAUAGUCCAUUAUAUGUGCUACAUUGUGAAACUCAACUUGAAGCUCCAUAUAGGAAUCCAAUGAUUCCUGCUAUCAACAACAUCUAGUCUUCAUCAUGAUCAUCACCACCAUUAUAUGAACUUCAAUCAUAAACCAUCAUCUCUAAAUCCAUCAUCAUCAGCAGCAUCAUAAUAAUCUACAUGUUCAUCGUUAUCAUCCCCGCAGUCCUAAGUACAUGUAUAGUUUCUGCAGCUCCAAUGCUGCAUUAUGAGGAGUUUAUUAGGCCUAUAUCAGCUACCGUCGGGCACCCUCUAUGAUUGAGCCAUUUUGCUCCAUUAUUUUUACACCGAACACAAAUAAUUUUCAUGGGUGAGAUCGCUUUAUUAAUUUUUCAAGUAUAGGGGUUCAAAGUAUAAAUGAUAGCUACAUUAUUUCUCCUUGAAUUUUUCACGGCCAAUGAGAAUGAAGAAAUUUAAUGACAUUAUGGUGUCUAUAUGACCCAUUGAGAGUUCAUAAUAUAUCAUUAACUACUAUAUCAUAAAUGUUACUUUAAAAUGAUGUAACACAAAUUCUUCUUGAGAUUCAAAGGUCCUUUUUAUCUUGAUAUCUUAUAUAGCUUACCAUAAGGAUUACGAUAAAUGAAUGAACAUGUUUGAUAUUUUUAAAGGUCAAGUCCACCUCAGAAAAAUGUUGGUUUGAAUCAAUAGAGAAAAAUCAGACAAGCACAAUCCUGAAAAUUUCAUCAAAAAAGGAUGUAAAAUAAGAAAGUUAUGACAUUUCAAAGUUUCGCUUAUUUCCAACAAAAUAGUUAUAUGAAUGAGCCAGUAAUGAGAGAGUCGAUGAUGUCACUCACUCACUAUUUUUUUUUUGUUUUUUAUUGUUUGAAUUAUACAAUAUUUCAAUUUUUACGAAUUUUAUGAUUAGGACCUCCUUGCCUGAAGCACAAAAUGUUAAAAUAACGGAAUUCCACUAUUUCAGGGCGGAAUGAAACUUCAUUUCAAAUGACAAUGACGAGAAAAUCAAAAUAUUUCAUAUUUCAUAUAAUAAAAUACAAAAGAAAUAGUGAGUGAGUGAUGUCAUCAGUUUCCUCAUUUGCAUACCUACCGAGAUGUGCAUAUAACUGUUUUGUGAAAUGAAGCGAAACUUUAAAAUGUCAUAACUUUCUUAUUUUACAUCCGAUUUUGAUGAAAUUUUCAGUGUUAUGCUUUUUGAAUUUUUCUCUUUUUAUUCAAAUCAAGUUUUUGUUGGGGUGGCCCUCUGUAUAAAUUUGAAUGUGAUUUCCUAUAUGUCUUCUUAUUACAAUUGUAAUUUUGCAGGCGUGAAUGAUUAUGAUUCUAAUCUAUUCAUAUAAAUGAAUAAUGUAAAACUCAUACUAGCCAAAACUGUACAGUAAGAAAGUAUAAAGUCGGAUAAUUAUUCUGUAUUACAAUAGUUAACAGGUUAAAGAGGAGUUCGCCCUGAUGAAAAGUUUAUUGUUAAAAUGAUAAUAAAAUAUUGAUGAAGGUUUGGGAAAAUCCAUCAAAGAUGUAAAAAAAUUAUAAUGUUAUUGGAAUUUUAAUGUUUUCAUACUUGUCGUCAUAGACGCGCAGCUUUUUCAUAUAUCGUGUGGUUAAAAAAACGAUAAAAUAUCUUAUUCUUUUUUACAAUGAGUCACAUGUUCGUACGUGACGUCACAAAUCAUAAACUUCAAAUUCUAAUAUCUUUUGAAAUAUUUGGUCCAUUUCCCUCAACUCUUCACCAAUAUUUCAUUCUGGUAUAUUUACAACAAACUUUUCUCCAGCGUUCAGUCCCCCUUUAAGUCAUAUCAUACUGAAAGACGAGUAUAGAUCGUGAUCACAAAAUUAUUUUUAAAAAUAAAGAAAAUGUUUAAAAAGUCUAUGAUGUUGAAAUAAAAGGUGAAAAGUUUGUGGUACUGAUGAUAA